AUGGUAGAAGUCUCUUCAUCCUCAACAUUCAGAGACUCUGAACAAAAACUCGAUAUUAAUGUUCAAAUAAAUAACAGCAGGCCUAUCCUCAUACCACUUCUCCUAGAUGAAAAACUGACCGAAAUUCGUGUUUUACUUGCCGAUGAAGAAAAUAUUCAUAUGAAUUCAAAAAUGAAUUUCAUGAGCUCAUUUGACGCCAAAAUUCCGCAAAAUUACGAAAUGAGAUUUCUCUUAAAACAGAUUCUUCAUGCUAAUAAUACUUUGAAAAUUAUUAGCGAGCGUGAAUUAGAUCCGGAAAAGAUUAAGGAAUCAUGUAAACUGGAAUAUGGAAUUAGUUUUUCGAAAAAUGGACCAAAGAGUGCAAAGAAAAAAGCAUUAGAUAUCACGAAUUUUCAACUGAAAAAGUUAGAAAAACCAGAUACACUUGAUGAAACGGUCGUAUGUCAAACAGAAAUUGAUGAAAUUUGUGUGCAAAAUUUUAUAGCAAGGUCUCAAGUCGCUGCGAGUUUGCCGUGGUCAUCGAUUUCGGCAACCCUCAAUGGGAGUAGAGAGACUAAAAGUCACGUAAACAUUGAAAAUUCAAUAACUUAUCGGACUUCAAAAAGAAUAAAAGCUGAAAUAUUAUAUUCUGAAUUAGAAGUAAAGCCAACAAAUGAAUUUACAAAGGAUGUUGACGACGCUCUCGCAUCAGAAAAUCCGCGUGCGUUUCUUGAAGAAAUUGCUAAAGAAUAUGGGCCCUAUUGGUGCAAAAAACUCGGAAUUGGCGGCAGAAUUUUAUUUAGAGAAAGCAAGGAAAAUAUACUGAAGGUGCAUAGGGACUCGAAAGAAACGAAAGCUUCUGGGAAGCUAAAAGCAUCCGAAUAUGCUGAUAUUGACGGAGAAGCAGGAAAAAGUCAACAAAGUCAACAAACGAACUCAUUUUUUAAUGAAAAUGCUUUUUUUAAAAUAUUUGGUGGCUCGGAAGAAAGUUAUCAUAAAUCUGGGAUGUCUGGCUGGAUAAAUUCAUUAAACGACUAUCAGGAGUGGGCGGUAGCAGAAUAUACCGAAAUAAAUUCAAUAUUUGAUAUUCUGGAUCCUGAAAAGAAAUCAAAAGUUGCAGCAGCAUUAACAAAGCGAAUUGUGGAAUCAAAAGUUGAAACAUUAUCUUUUCGGAUGGACAUUUCUCGGCCAGAUCCAUAUAUUUAUAAACUGCCUUCAAACCUUCAACUUUCUGAUGAAAAUCAAAUAUUUGUAACAGAAAUGAAAGAAGACGAGUCGAAAUACUUAUUUGCUACACGAAUUCAUUAUAUAGACGAUAAAACGCCUGUAAUUAUUAUUCAUCGGCUGGGAAAAUUAAAAAAGCGAUCAAAAUCACCAAAGUUUACACUGAAAUUGGGUUGGAUUGUGAUCGGCACAUCCACGAUGCUAAAUUUAUUCGGACUACCUUUAGUACAGCCAGUUUUCGAAAGUAAUGAAAUCGAAGUCGUAGCAAAUGAUAACGAUAAACGAUUUGUGGCUACUAUUCAAUCGAAUCAACAAACCGAUCCAAAUAAUAGCCUUUUGGCUACUUGUGUUUCAAGAGCAAAUAAUUCACAAGAAGAUCCAAGGGAUUCCAAAUAUAUCGCCGGAGUUCAUUUUGUUUCCAAAAAUAGUGCUAUUGAAACUUGUGUAUUUUGUUAUGAACUUCAAAAUAUGACACCGUGUAUUGAUACUCCGAUUAGACUGUCAGUAAAUUGGAGAAACAAAUCCGUCGCUGGAACAGAUGGAAAUCAAUUCGGACAAACCCAAAUUAAUAGUAAACUUAUAAGCUCGUUAUUAAGUAAACAGAAACGCUUUAAAGUUUGUUUUGACAUAUAUAAGGAACUAAUUGAUCAAAAUACGAAGCAACCAAACGAACAAGAGCAAUCAUUAGCGUUAUCCACACAAAGAACUUUACAAAGUCCCGUUUUCGUUAGCUUAGUUAUGGACGAUUGUCCAGGGCAAUGUAUUCAUGGAUUUUUUAAUAUUACUCCAGAUCAUGCUAUAUUUAAGUCUCUAAAGAAUUCAAAGAAUUCACUUGCAAAGAAUGGGCAGAAGAUUGCUUAUUCCUGUUUUCCAACUAGAAAUAUAGUUAUGGAGAAAAAUAAUGACAGUUAA